AUGAGCGGCGGGGAGCGGCCGGGACCGCGGCAGAGCUCGGCCAGAACCUCCCCGGCCAUGAGCGGCUCCCCCGGGCCAGCCCCGCAGCCCCGGGCCGGCCCCUCCAGGCCCCGCACGUCCUUCCUCAUCCAGGACAUCCUUCGGGACGGGCCCGAGAGCGCCGGGAGCGGGGGGAAUGCGGAGCUGGGAGCGGCCAGCGAGGAGCGCGGAGGGGCCAGCCCAGCAGCGGGGCUCCCUCCCGGGGGUCCCCAGCCCCCCGGAGCCUCUGGGACAUCCCCGGGACCGGACACAGACGCGGCUGUGGAGCCGUUCCUGUCCGGCUGCGCCCCUGCUGUGCACCCGCGGCCACCCAGGCAGGGAAAACGUUCCCGAGCCGCCUUUUCCCACAGCCAGGUGAUCGAACUGGAGCGCAAAUUCAGCCACCAGAAAUACCUGUCAGCCCCGGAGAGAGCGCACCUGGCACGGCACCUGCAGCUCACCGAGACCCAGGUGAAGAUCUGGUUCCAGAACAGGAGGUACAAGACCAAGAGGAAACAGGUGGUGAUGAGCGGGAUGAGCCGCUUGGACUCGCACCAGGAUCCGCCAGAAUUCCCGGGAAUGUCGCUGCUGUCACUCAGGGGAGCCUGGCCUUACCUGCCCUGCCUUUACUACGUCAAUUCCUGGAGCCCCUCCUGGUAG